GCCCCCCGCCCCCCAUGGAGCCGGCCCUGGCUCGGGGGCGCUGCCCUCUGGCUGCAGCUCGGUGCGCGCCGCUCGCUGGACUCCCUCGCCCCGCAGCAUGGACCCGGCUCGCCGCCUGCUGCCCCUCGGUCCCAGCAAGGGGCAGGGCCGGCUGAUGGGGAGACAGCCCCACACAGCCCUGCUGCUGGAGCGCUCCUCCCUCCGCCCGGCAGACAGCGUCACCUCCCAGGCGGGCAGGCUCUGCAUCGCCCUGUGCCUGUGGGGCACCGUGGCCCAGACUCCUGGCGUACAAGGUACCACUGGGGACUGCAACAGCCAUGUGAUAUGCCCAGCAAACGCCAAGUGUGUGAACAGCACCCACUGCACCUGCCUGGAUGGAUACCAGCCACUUGGGAAUCGCUUCUUCACUGACUCAACGGAGACCUGUGAUGAUAUUAACAAGUGUCUGGGGCCGAGCCAGCCUGACUGCGGACCCAACACAAACUGUAACAACGUGCCUGGGAGUUACUACUGCACCUGCAUCGAUGGCUACGAGCCCAGCUCUGGGAAAGCCAACUUCACGCAUGCGAGUGAGAACAGCUGCCGGGACAUCGACGAGUGCAACAAGACCCCAGCUGUCUGCAGCCCCAACGUCACGUGUAUCAACACCUAUGGAAGCUACUGGUGUGAGUGCCGGGCCAGCGACGUCCCCUCCAACAGGAACACGACCCUGUGCCAAGAGCUCAUCUGCCCCCUGCUGCUGGAUGAUGACAGCUCUGCCGGAGCCAAGAACCUCCUGGGCAGCUUCCAGGCACAGGUGGGAAGCCUCUGCCAGGUGAUGCUGAAGGAGCUGAAGCAGAUGAACUCUCAGAACGCUGAGCGGAAGCUGCAGGGCUUCUUGGACAUUCUGGAGAAGCAGAUAAAUCUGGUCGGGCAGCAGAGAGAGAGCGUGGAGUGGAGACACCGGAUCGCGACGGAGCUGAUGGCCAUAGUGGAGAAGCUGCUGGGAACGCUGGCCCUGUCCCUGCAUGAUAGGAUCAGCAUCGCAUCCCCCAGUGGCACAGAGCUGGGGCUGGCGGUCAGGCAGGCUGGGAACCAGAGCCAGGAGACCGUGACGCUGCAGCAGAGGAAGACACAGAUGGAAUUAAAGUGGGCCAGAGCCCCAGGGCAUAAAAAUGAAGGCUUCACGCUGGCCGGGCUGCUGACAUACCAGGGGAUGAGCCCCAUCCUGGAUGGUGCUGGGCGGGUGGAGGUGCCCGAGUGGGAUGAGAUCGGCCGGAAGGGGAAGUGGGCGCAGGAGCCGGGGCGGCCCAGCUACCGUGUGCUGUCUCCGGUGGUGUCGGCCUUCAUCAGUGACCCAAACCCGCAGGCACUCGGCCUCUCCGUCAGCAUCCGCUUCAGCCACCCGGUGCCGGAGAAGAAGACCGACCUGCGUCUCCUCUGCGCCUACUGGGAGCCUGGCAGCAGGCGCUGGGCCACCGACGGCUGCACCCUGCAGAAGUUGAACGCCACCAUCACCCGCUGCCAGUGCAACCACCUGACCAGCUUCGCCGUGCUCAUGGCCUUCUACGAGCUGGAGGACUGGACCCUGGACGUCAUCACCAAGGUGGGGCUGGUGAUCUCGCUGCUGUGCCUGCUGCUGGCCAUCGUCACCUUCCUCUUCUGCCGCGCCCUCAAGGGCCCCCGCACCACCAUCCACCUGCACCUCUGCCUGGCGCUCUUCAUCGCCUACACCGUCUUCCUCACCGGCACCUCCAGCACCGGCAACAAGGUGGUGUGCGGCGUGGUGGCCGGGCUCCUGCACUAUUUCUUCCUGGCCGCCUUCUGCUGGAUGUGCCUGGAGGGCGCCGAGCUCUACCUGCUGGUGGUUCAGGUCUUCACCCCCCACGGCCUCAGGCGCCGCUACAUGUUCCUGCUGGGCUACGGCGUGCCGGCCCUCAUCGUGGGCGUCUCGGCCGCCACCUACAGCCAGGGCUACGGCACGGCGCGCCACUGCUGGCUCUCGCUGGAGAAGCAAUUCAUUUGGAGCUUCCUGGCGCCCGUCUGCAUCAUCAUCUUGGUCAACGCCGUGAUCUUCGUGGUCACCGUCUGGAAGCUGUCGCUGAAAUUCGCUGACAUCAACCCCGACAUGAACCAGCUGAAGAAGCUCAGGGUGCUCACCAUCACGGCCAUCGCCCAGCUCUGCGUCCUGGGCACCACCUGGAUCUUCGGCAUGUUCCAGUUCAACCAGCGCAGCCUGGUCGCCUCCUACAUCUUCACCAUCCUCAACAGCCUGCAGGGGCUCUUCAUCUUCCUGCUGCACUGUCUGCUCAAGAAACAGGCCAGUCCCCCCCCAGUGAGGGACGACUACCGCAGGUGGCUGAGCUGCGGCAGCUUCAAAGGACCGGCCAAGUACUCCAAGUUCUCCAGCUCGACCACCACGCGGAGACCCACCUCGCACCUGGACUCGCCGCAUGCAGAUGCUUCAACGGUUGCCCAGUGGAACCAUUACGCUCCCCAGCUGCGCCCACCCACUGGGCACUCACCAGCCCCAGGCCUGCGCGCUGCCAGCAUCACCAGCAAUAGCAACGGGCAGCAGGGCAGCCGCUCAGUCCGAUGCGACGUACUCUGGCCACAGGGGGCGCCUUUCCCUUCGGUACGAAUGGGUCCCUGGCCCCGCCUGCGGUGCGAUGCUGGGCCGGGCUGGGCGCGGGAAGUGGAGAUGAAUCCAGCCAGCAGUGAUGAACCCACCCCCCAGAGGACCUCGCCCCUCCCCCAGGGACUGCAGCAUCAGCCACCGCCCUUGGCUUCGAUGACGGUACGACAGGGCCUGAGCUGA